CAGUGCAAAGAGGUGAUCGAGAGACAAAGACAUCAAAACAUCAUGGUAUCUGCUGGCCUUCAGAUGCUGGGCACCGCCCUGGCCAUUAUUGGAUGGAUUGGUGUCAUUGUGGUCUGUGCACUUCCCAUGUGGAAGGUCACAGCCUUCAUUGGCAAUAAUAUUGUGACGGCACAGACAUCAUGGGAGGGAAUCUGGAUGAGCUGUGUUGUGCAGAGCACUGGACAGAUGCAAUGCAAAGUCUACGACUCCAUGCUGGCCCUUUCCUCAGACCUUCAGGCUGCCCGCGCCCUCAUCAUCAUUUCCAUCGUGAUUGGAAUCUUGGGCAUCCUUCUGGCUAUGGCUGGAGGCAAAUGCACCAACUGUGUUGAGGACGAGAGUUCCAAAUCCAAGGUUGGUGUCACUUCGGGUGCAAUUUUCAUUGUUGCUGGGGUGCUGUGUCUGGUCCCGGUGUGCUGGACAGCCCAUGUCAUCAUCCGGGACUUCUACAAUCCCUUGCUCAGUGAGGCUCAAAAGAGAGAGAUUGGAGCAGCUCUUUACAUUGGCUGGGGCGCUGCCGCCCUGUUGCUCAUCGGGGGUGGUUUGCUCUGCUGCAACUGCCCGCCAAAGGAGGAUAGAGGAAAUUAUACAGCCAAGUAUAACAUUGCCCCUCGGUCUGACGCCUCUGCUCCCAGCAGAAAAAACUUUGUGUGAAACUAAGAUCUAAUGGAUUCUGGAAAUAAUGGAUAAUGGAUUCUAUCUUUGAUGUUUUAUAAUCUUGGGUCCAGGAUGUAAUGGCUCAGAGAGUUAAGCAGGUAUCAUGGGAACUUGAAAAGCAUUGAAUUAAAAGCGAAUGGUACAAUUUUCCCAACACACUUCGAAAACAAGAGGGAAAUGAGGAACCACUUAAAUCGUUUAAAAAAAAAAAAAACUCUUGUCUGUUAAAUGAGGCUAAGCUGGAAAUCUGUCUUUUUUUAAUAUGAUUGAAUUGUUAACUCUUUUGUUUUAUGGUCCAGAUAAAUGUGCCAUGUGGUUUAUUUUUAUUAUGCCUUUAAACAUUUUUUGGCAUUAGUAUUCACUAGUAUUCAAACUAAUUUUGUUUUGUAAAUAUUCCAAUUAUGUAUAGCAAACAGCAACAUAUUGUGAGAUUUUUCUGCUUUUAUUUAUAUGAAAACAUGUCAAAUGGAAAAAAUAAAAAUAUAUUGCUAUUA